AAACACCGCAACAUUAGUCAAAUAAAGGGUUGGGCUCGAAAUUCCACCAGAACACAUGAUGAAGGCUGGAGAGUACAUCAGCCGAAACGUUGUGAUAACAACAAACACGAUGAGGACACCCAUCUCUCCAUUGUAAAUAAUGUACAGCCACAGCGGUUAUAAGCGGUGACGGUGUAUCAAAGACACACACAUAGAUACAUACAAACAUAUAUCGGCCGAAAAAUGGAUAUUUUUUAAUGAAAUUUUCUACGAAUAUGUGUUAUAUCAUGUAGAUUCCAAAUAUACAAACUUUUGGCGGGGGGAUACACAUGAACGAAGUCCCAUGAAGUUUUUAUUCUUUCUGAAUGAAGAACACAAACAUAUUGAAUAUCGUGUUUGCUUCUAUCAGGACCGUUUACCUUUAAAGCAUAAAAUGCAAAACCGAUGUAUACGACAGCAAAAUAGAAAAACUCUACAUCUAACAACAGAACUGCUCAAUCAUACUACCAAACAGGAUGGUACACAGAAUUUGCCUAUGAAAAGAAAUGUACUACAACUGCCAAGUGCUUGUUCUUGGAAUUGUUCACCAAAAAGUCCUCAUGAGUUUGUUUUCCAGUCACCCUCUCCUAGUUCUCUUCAAGGCCGAUCUCCCCAACAGAUCUCUUGUAAUUCAACCCCUCGGCUGAAGUACAGCUGUACAAAGUCACCAAGCACACCUCUUGAUGGUGACAGAUUUAUACCACAGCGUUCCUCUACAGAUACUGACCUUGCCCAUUAUAUGAUCGUCAAGAAUGAAAAUCUCCAAGGUGAAUUCAAGGCAAAUUAUAAUGAACAACUAAAUACAGUUUUACUAAAUGGGAAAAAUCCAACCAGUGAUAAAGUUUUAUCAUUCACUUGUAAAAAGCUAAAAUUUGGGUGUUGUAAAAGUCUUGAAAAUCUGUACAAAAAGAAAGCAAAUUCUCCAUGUAAAACAGUCACUCGUGAAAUUAAUCAAUAUUCUGAUCGCAUCCUUGAUGCUCCUGACCUUAUUGAUAAUUUUUAUUGCAAUUUGCUUGAUUGGUCUUCAAGAAAUGUUUUGUGUGCUGCCUUGGGUCCUUCAUGUUAUCUUUUUGAUUUGGAACAAGAUUCUAUUGAUGAACUGCAAAACAAUGAUGAUAGAACUGAAGAUAAUUAUGUUUCUUGUGUAAGCUUCAGUGCUGACGGUAGUUUCAUUGGGGUUGGAAAUAAUUCUGGAGAACUUCAGAUAUGGGAUACAAAAACCAAGAAACUACUCCGUACAAUGUAUGGAGCAAGAACUUCAGCACAUACACUCUCUUGGAAUGCUAACGUUCUUAGCUGUGGUACUAAUGAUGGCACAAUAUAUCAUCAUGAUAUCCGACUUUCUGAUCACGUGAUCAGUACCAUCUCUGCUCAUACAAGUAUUGUUUGUGGCUUGAAAUGGUCAGGUAAUGGUCGCUACUUGGCCAGUGGAGGCAAUGAUAACAUUGUGAAUAUUUGGGAUUUUAAUCGUAGUGUCUCCAUCCAGCCAUUAUUAAUGUUAACACAUCAUAGAGCUGCUGUCAAGGCUUUGAGCUGGUGUCCUUGGCAAGAUUCUAUACUUGCCAGUGGUGGAGGAUCUAAAGACAAAACAAUCCAUAUAUGGAGUAUACCAUCAGGAAAAUGUGUCAACUCUAAACUAACACAUUCACAGAUCACUUCAUUAAUAUGGUCAAACGAACACCAUGAAAUUGUAUCUGGACAUGGAUAUUCAAAUUAUUCUCUCUCUUUCUGGAAAUAUCCUUCUUUCGAAAGUGUCGGAGAAUUGAAAGGUCACAUUGCAAGAAUUCUAAAUCUUGCUCUUUCCCCAGAUGAAAGUACAAUUGCAAGUCUUUCAGCUGAUGAAACUAUCAGGCUGUGGAAAUGUUUCAACAAAACUAAGAAAAGCAAGGAACGUCUGACACAUGGAAUGUUCUCAUCAAUACGUUAACUUAUACCACAUAGCUUAACAAGAUUUACUUCAGGUUUGAAUAAAUUAGCAUUACUUUUAAUAAAUAUCCCAUAGUAGAGAGCAAGUUAUUGUUUCAUAAAUGAAAGACAUUCCAUAUUUGUGUUUUCUGUUUGGUUUUACAUGGAAGUUAUUUAAUAAAUAAAUAUAUUUGACUUCAUUUUAAAUUCAUUGAAUGGGAUGAAUUUAUGUAUUUUGUAAAUAAUGUCAGUAAGAAUAGGUUUAACAUCACCUUGUUACCUAUUUUUAAAAUAAAUUCUUGUUUGAUAAUAAAUCCACAUGAUUAACA